CUCUGUUUAUUUGUCUCCGUUGAUGCUGUCUAUGGCAGCGCGCGCACGCUCUCAUAUGCUGAUCCUCCUGGCUGAUCUCUCCGCUCUCCUCGCCGUCCCUGCACAUUCCGCACGCUCAUUCCUCGUUCUCUGACCCCCACGUUCCGCUGUCGUUUAUGCUGGCGCUGAUACCACCUCCCUCCUCUCGCGAUCAGAUCGGGACUCGUUCGACGCACACGAACUGCCUUCCCCAUUUCCGCCUGCCAAGUCUACAAUGUCCGACGACGCACGCAUCCCCGCUCUUUUGAACGUUCUCGCAAUCCCCAAGCACGACUCGAAUGAGGACGGUCUCCCGGCAACUGGUGUGUCUCCUUCCAGUGCCUACAUCGUAGACUCGCCGUCCGUCAUGCGGCCUGCACCUUUGCCCUCGUACUCCCCAUUGCAAAAAUCUCUCGACCGCUCGGCAUCUGAGGACGAUGCUAUGACCUCAGACCCCAGCUUUUCUCAGUCGGCGCGUUCGCCUUCCUUGCCCACGUCACUACCAGACCCUUCGCAGUUCCCUGACCCAUACCCCUUUCGCCCGCCGCGUUGGCAACACGGCACCUCGACUCCAGCGCUCUCGUCCGCAGCCUCCUCCUCGGCAUCUACGCGUUCUUCCGCGUACACGAGUUCGGCGCGCUCCGGCGACUUUGGACACGUUCAUGUCGUCGGUAGUGAGGGCGAGCUGAGCGUCUCGGGCAUUACCUCGGACGACGUGGUGCAACUUCUCGCGCGCGACGCUGGGACGUCUUCCUCGAUGCCGGGCAGGCCGCCGUUUGAAGGGAGUCGGUGGUCAGAUUUGUACGCGAACAGUAUUAGAUCGCGCUCUUCUUCGGUUGGAAACAAUAGGACUGAUCCUCCGUCGGAAUCCGGCUUCCGCGCGCUGCGUGCAACGCCUAGCUUUGACAUGGGCUGGCAGGCGGUGGAUGAGCGGGAUGAAGCGGGUCUGGGUAGCGAGGGCGAAACGACCGAUGAUGAUCCGUUGUUAGACGAGGACGACGAAGCCGAAGAGGAGGAACCCACCAGUGCUAUGGUCAUUGCUGAGGAGGGCCGUGGUAUCAUAGUACGAGGGGACGAUACACCGAUAGUGAAGCUACUGGUGAAGCCAGGCACAACGCACUUGUUGAUCGGCUCAUCUAGCACGCCAAACAGCGUUCCGUCGUUCCUGAACAACACUCUGCCUCCCAUUGCUAACACAUUGCUCGCUCUGGACAUCUCUGCCAACUUCCUCGUCGCGCUGCCUCCUGCACUGGCAGCUUGCUACAAUCUCGAGGAGCUGAACAUUGCUUCGAAUCCUAUCCGCGCUCUGCCCGAGUUCCUCUCUAGGCUUACGUCUCUUCGGGUCCUUAUUGUUGAUUCGACGGGUAUCGGCACCCUGCCAGAAUCCUUGAGUGCGCUUGACAAACUUCACACGCUCAGCUUCCGGAGAAACAAGCUACAUGCUCUUCCAAGCUGGCUAUGUCUGUUACCAUCACUCGAGACACUGCUUGUCGACGACAAUCCUUUCCAAGGACCAUGGAAAGCGCUCAUGGAACCACUGUUGGCGAGGCAGCCGAUGACUCCUCUCUAUCCACCCGCCACGCCUAUGUUCUCACUCAAGUCAGCCAGCCUCGCGAGCACGUACACGGGGACGGAACCAGACGAGACCUCGGACAUGCCCUGGCAUGAUGGUGACAAUCAACUUCAAGCAGGUCAGGAAGAUGAAGACACUAUCACCGCCGCACGUGCUCCCCAUCUGGCACGCUCGGUCACUGAGCCAGUACCGGCCGCCACAGACAUGCCCUCACCAACUCUUUCCCGCACUCGCACGACACCCAAUCGUUCGUACUACGAGAAGAACCGGGCUGUGAGUCGUUCCACGAUGGCAUCUGGCGGAUCGUCGCGGCCGCCCUCGUCGAAAGGGCGCCAGGACGAGGAGGGCGCUGGGGAGUUGCGGAAGAUGAAGAGCGCCGGUGAGUUGCGACGGAACCGCUCGAACCUUGCCUCGAAGUCGGCGUCGUCGUCCCCACAGCGCGGUGCACUCUCGGAAUACGUAACGUCCGCUUCUAGCUCCAACCUAUUGAACGCUGCUUCCAUGCCGCGUGACUCCCAGGUGGUCCCUAAGCGAUUUGCCAGCCUGGGUGUAGCGUCGGGCUCGACUUCGCCUAACUCCCCACGAACGAGGAUAACGAUGGAUAACAGUUUCUGGGACAACACACCGGAGGAAGACGAGGUUCCUGCACUGCCGCCCAUGCCCAGGCGAGCUACCUUGCCCAGCAAGCAUCCCGACGCCCCCCAGCCUGAGCCGGACAGCCGCGCGCUCGCUGAUCUGCCUUCACCGCCGCCCAAGGAGGAGAAGUCCCGUCGAUGGGGAUUCCUGAAAAAGAUGUCGAUGGGGAAGAUGCGGCCAGAGCCGUCGCCUCGACUGCCUCCUUCUCUGAGUCGGCAAGGGACGCCAACCAUGCGUCCUGCACUGACCAGAGCUGCUUCCACGAACCCUGGGUCGAUUCCGCAAAUUAAUGUGCGAAUCUCGACUACAGGCGCUCUGCUCGGUAGUAACAACCAUGCGCUCCCGCCUAUACCCCCGGAGGAGUCGCUGCCUUCUAUCACCCAGGAAGAAGACGAGGACGAUGUGCCUCCGCCUCCGCCUCAGAAGCCGCCGAUCGAUGCGUUGAGGAUUCCGGCCACUCUGUCGAAUUCUACCUCUUCUUCCAGUCUCCUGGCGGCGACGCCCACUCCGCGGGCUUCGAAGCGUCGUAGUUUCUUGCCAAUUGACAUGUCGCCCAUCCCGAUCCCAGCUGCAUCCAACUUCGUCAAUGGUGUUACCGUUGCUGACGGGGUCGAGGAUGAGUUCGAGGAGGCGUCUCGAUCUGCGCAGAGUCCGGCAUCCAUAUCGAAGGACACAAUGGAGCAGCUGCAGCGACGCGAGGAGGAGCGGCAACGGGAGGCACGUAUGCGUGCUCUGCGGUCGGUCAUGGCAUACCUCAGGGAUAUGCAAGACUUGAGCUUGUCGCAAGUACCACUGCCUCCCAUACCGCCUGACCCACCCAGCGGCAUGCGCUCGAGGAGGCCGACUAUAGUGGAGAAUGGUAGAGUGACGUCGGAAGGCUCGAUCCCCUCGAUGACGUCGACUCCGUCUAUGCUUUCUUCUAGACCUGGCUCCUCUGCCGGCCUGCGUUCCGUCGAUUCGCGCAUUGGCCUUCGCAGUGGGUAUACGACGCAGACGAACAGUGUGGCCACCACGGAUAGUAGCGGUUCCGGUGAAGAGCGGAAAUACAAGGACAACAGGGCGAAGCGCUCGAGGAUCAUCCGCGAAAUUGUAGAGACGGAGCGGACGUACGUCAAGGGUCUUCAGGAGCUUGUCGACAUCUAUAUUGCGCCUGCUGCUGUCCAGGUGAACGUCCUGAGUGGCGUGAGCCAGAAGCAGGAGACUCUUGUGCCUGCUCAGGAGCGCAAGAUCGUGUUCGGUGGCUUGGAGGCCUUGUAUGUCUUCCACAAGGACAGCUUCUUGCCUGCGCUUGAGCGUGUGGCGGCUCCCUUGCUCAUCCCGUCGGAGGAUUUGGUCCUGAAUGAUGCCGAUGGUUACCUCUCUUUGGACGUCGCUACGAAGGUCGCUCAGGUCUUCACGUCCCAUGCGGCGUUCAUGAAGAUGUACUCGACUUACAUCAACAACUUCGACAACUCCGUGCAAAGGAUCAGAAUGUGGACAACGGAUAAGCCUGGGGGAUCUGGUGAGAAGACACUGUCGCCGUCUUCCAGCAGUGCACAGCUCGUUGCCCUUGGUCUGACAACGAUGACUGCUGCCACUCCCGGAGUUGUGGGUGACAAUGUACCUGCUCCGUCAGCGUCUUUGUCAUCUGGACAAAGGAAGCGGAUUAAGGCAUACCUCAAGCGCUGCCGUAUGAAUCCUCGCCACUCACAACUAAACUUGGAGGGUUAUCUACUCCUACCUGUGCAACGCAUUCCUCGGUACCGUUUGCUUCUGGAUGAUCUCGUCAAGAGCAGCCCACCGAUGUACGAUUACUUGGAUAAUCCUUUGGAGCGUGCAUAUGAGGCGAUAUCGUCUCUGGCUACGGGUAUGAACGAGGGGAAGCGAGAGUCAGAGUCACGACGAAGACUCGUGCUGUGGCAGGCACGGAUUCGGGGGAAGUUCCCCAGCCCUCUUGUGCAGCCUCACCGGCGUCUCAUAAUGGACGGUCGCCUGCAGCUCACCCGGGUCGUCCGGAAAGCCACCGUAUCCUUUGAGAUCAUUGAUUCUCAUGGUGACUCGGCAGACGUGCAGGUUGAGUGUCUGUCCCCGGAGCUGACUCCGCGGUCACUGGUUGGCAUCCUUUGCAACGAUCUAUUGGUCUUGUGCCGAGAUCCGACCGACGGGCAGGACCCUAACGCUCAUGUGGAUCUGUGGGCGGUAUUACGCAUGCAGACGUUGCCGCAGCCAGCAAGCAUUGUACACGGCAAUGCCCUGCGCCUAGUGGACAACAAGGCCAUACUGUAUUUUGAGGCGCCUUCGACAUCGGAUGCUUUGACGUGGUUUAGAGCGAUCAAUCUGCAUAUACCCGCAUCAAAAGCAUAACUGUCUCCUGUAUUCCAUUUCGCUGCUCAGCCGACUGAAUAGUCUCCUAUGCACUAACAUGCCUCUCUUCGGUCGUCCGUUCAUUGUCUGUUUUCGUGCCACUGUGUCUGCUACUGCGUUAUUACCGGCUCCUCUCAUCUACACGCUCCUUCACUGUAUUCCAGCAUCAUCCCCGUGUCUUGUGUCCUUUGCUACGCUAGAUAUCCCUCCACAUCCAUCCUCUCAUCUCACGGGCUGUGCCUUCGCAAUAUUAUUACAGUACAAUCUCUAGUAUGGGGCAACAGCUGUCUAAUAACCGUGUAUCUAUGCUUCGAAACCACAUGCGUUGUUCAGUGCGA